AUGGCUAAGCAAAUGUCGAACUCAGACUACGAUCUUGAAAAGCCUCUAGAGACCAAGGUUGGACUCCGUCAAGGUCUUCCUUCGUAUGGCGACCCUCACUUUUCUCUAUUCUUGCGCAAGGUGUUCAUCAAGGCGUUGGGAUAUUCGGAGGACGCCCUUUCACGCCCAAUUAUCGGCAUCGUCAACACUUAUUCGAGCUUUAACCCCUGCCAUGCCAAUAUCCCGCAAAUCAUCGAUGCAGUCAAGCGUGGCGUACAGCUCAAUGGUGGGCUGGCCAUUGAUUUUCCGACCAUCAGUAUACAUGAAGCAUUUUCUUCGCCAACGAGCAUGUACCUGCGAAACUUGAUGAGCAUGGACACAGAGGAGAUGAUCAAAGCUCAGCCUUGUGACGCUGUCAUCUUAAUCGGAGGAUGCGAUAAAACAACUGUCGCACAGCUCAUGGGCGGCAUUUCCGCCAACAAGCCGAUUCUUCACAUCGUGACAGGUCCUAUGAUGCCUGGAAGCCAUAGAGGAGUCCGCAUAGGAGCUUGCACAGACUGCCGUAAUAAUUGGGCCAAGUAUAGAGCUGGCACAAUUGACAUUGAAGAUAUUUCUGCCGUGAAUGAAGAACUGGCACCCACUGCUGGCACAUGUGGUGUCAUGGGCACUGCGAGCACAAUGGCCUGCGUGCUUGUUGCACUCGGCAUGAUGCCCUUUGCGGGGGCGACUACACCAGCAGUAUCAUCUUCUCGACUGCGAAUCGCAGAACAAACUGGCAAGAAUGCUGUCGCUGCGUGCGAGCAGAGGGAGAAGCUCCGCCCCCAGAACUUGUUGACUAGAGAGUCAUUUCUCAACGCAAUCACGGUUCUCCAGGCCAUUGGCGGCUCAACAAAUGUCGUUGUUCAUCUAAUGGCGAUCGUAGGACGUCAUCCCAAGCUGACUGGCACGAUCACUAUAGAUACAAUCGAUGAGAUUGGGCGCAAGACACCACUACUCGUUGAUCUGAAGCCAAGCGGUAAUAACUACAUGACUGAUUUUCAUAACUCAGGUGGCAUGUUGGGAUUACUUCUAGAAUUAAAACACUUGCUCUACUUGGAUGCAAUGACAGUCACUGGGCAAACCCUUGGGCAAGAGCUCGCCAAUGCGACUCUUCCAAUUGUCCCAAGGGAGCUCAGCGUGAUCCAUCCUUUUUCAGAACCCCUAUGCCCAGCCUCAUCACUGGUGGUAUUGCGAGGAAAUUUGGCCCCUGGCGGUGCGGUGAUGAAGGCAAGUGCCUCAAAGUACAAUUAUCUCCUUCAGCAUACUGGUCGUGCUGUGGUAUUUGCCAACUCCAGUGACAUGGCUGAGAGAAUAGAUGACCCCGAUCUUGAAGUCACAAAGGACAGUGUGCUGGUAUUGCAAAACAUCGGCCCGGUCGGAAAUCCCGGCAUGCCUGAAAGUGGGAUGAUUCCAAUUCCUCGGAAGCUCGGCUCCCAAGGGGUCUUGGAUAUGCUAAGAUUAUCUGACGGUCGGAUGAGCGGCACCGCUGGCGGAACGAUCGUCCUUCACAUUUCCCCUGAAGCAGCGGACCCCUCAUCGGUCCUUGGAAUCGUUCAGACCGGAGACACCAUCACCUGCGAUGUCGAGAAGCGGCUAUUACAGCUCGACGUGAGCGAUGGGGAAAUCUCCCGGCGGCAAGAAGAGAGGACAAAGGCACUACGAGGGACAGACGCCCCGUGGGUGACCAGAGAUGACAUGCGUGGCUACAGAGGACUCUACAUGCGAGAGGUAAAGCAAGCCCAAUUCGGCGCUGACUUCAAGUUUCUUACGGCAGAGGGCCCUUCCGCGAAGUAA